AUGCAGACUUUUGGUGGUAAGGUUUAUAUGGAACUUUACAGCAAUAACAUUAGUGGACCAAUUCCAAAUGACUUGGGGAAUCUUACUAACUUGGUGAGCUUGGAUCUGUAUCUAAACCGUUUCAGUGGACCUAUCCCAGAGUCAUUGGGCAAGUUGUCAAAAUUGUGUUGUCUCCGGCUUAACGACACUAGCCUGACUGGUCUUAUUCCCAUGCCACUAAGUAAUAUUACAACUCUCCAAAUGCUGGAUUUGUCUAACAACCAACUAUCAGGUGUGGUUCCCGAUAGUGGCUCCUUCUCAUUAUUCACUCCUAUCAGUUUUAACAACAACUUGGACCUAUGUGGCCCAGUCACUGGGCAUCCUUGUCCCGGGUCUCCUCCAUUUUCUCCUCCUCCCCCUUUUGUCCCACCAUCCCCAAUCUCAACUCCAGAAGGAAAUAGUGCCACUAGUGCAAUAGCUGGAGGAGUAGCUGCAGGUGUUGCUCUGUUAUUUGCUGCUCCUGCAAUUGUGUUUGCUUGGUGGCGUCGAAGGAAACCACAGGAGUUUUUCUUUGAUGUGCCCAGUGAGCUACCCCAUCCAAUUCAAUUGAAUACUGUAUUGGUUGAAUAAAUUAAUUGGAUGGAAUUUGACUUACUUACAUCUAAUUACAAAUGAAGAGGAUCCUGAAGUACACCUUGGGCAGCUUAAGAGGUUCUCAUUACGAUAACUGCAAGUUUCAACAGAUACUUUCAACAAUAAGAACAUUCUUGGAAGGGUAGGAUUUGGUAAGGUUUACAAAGGAUGUUUGACUGAUGGUUCACUGGUUGGUGUGAAAAGAUUGAAAGAGGAGCGCAUGCCUGGUGGGGAGCUUCAGUUUCAGACUGAAGUAGAGAUGAUUAGCAUGGUUGUGCACCGAAAUCUCCUCCAUUUACGUGGGUUCUGUAUGACUCCUACUGAAAGGCUACUUAUCCUUACAUGUUGUUGAAUGUUUUACUGUAUGUCUUUAUGGCCCCAUUCCCAUACCAUUUAUCUCCAUCCAAUUUCAUAUCUAAUUUAUCCUUCUUGUAAACCCUAUUGGUGAGUGCAGAGAAGAAACCAUCUGUACCCAAAAAAUCAUCGAAGCACAUUGAAAGAGAACAGCCUUCAACAUCAACUGCCUCUAUAAAAUCAAAGGGAAAAGACACUGAUGUUGCUAGGAAAUGCUUUGAGCCUUCGGAAGUGAAAAAGUGGGCCAUUGAUGAUUUGAAUAAAAUAAUUCAGUGGCUGCAAAGUCAAGAAGAAAAGGUUAUGAUCUUCCAUUCCUGUAUAAAAAGACUGUUUCUGUUCAUUUUGGAGGUUACAAUUUUCUUAUUUGCAUUUAGAACUUGCAUAGAAUCAGACGAAAGUGCAACAAAAGAGGUUUGCAUUGGAAUCAAAUUCACUUGUUAGAAAAGCGUAGUAUAUCUGUUGUUCCCAAUUAAUUGUGCUUAGGGUUGAUAGUUGUACUCUAUAUGAAUCUAGACAUCAUGUAAAUCAUUUCAGCUAGAUCCACGUGAGUUGACAAAAAUAGCUACAGAGGGGAUUCUAACAUGUUUGCAAGAUGCAAUAUGUUAUUUAGAGGAAAA